AUGGCUUCCACAACCUCAUCGACGCCGGCGGCUCAGAACCCCGUCCUGCGCCGGACCGUAACUUCCACCACCACUGAGACCGACGCUUCGGUGCCCUCGACUGCCGUCGCCUCGCCCAUGGACUCUCCUCGUCCUUCGGCUUCGUCAACCUCGUUGUCCUCCAUGGGCUCUGAUGUAGCUGCCAAGAAGGCCAACUACGGAAAGCUGUACGACACGUACGGCAACGAGUUCACCCCUCCCGAUUUCACCAUCAAGGACAUCCACGACGCCAUCCCCAAGCACUGCUUUGAGCGUUCUGCUCUGAGGGGAUUCGGCUACAUCGCUCGGGACAUUGUCUGCCUUGCCACCACCUUCGCCAUCUGGUACAACUUUGUUACCCCCGAGUAUGUGCCGUCCAAGGCUGCCCGCGCUGGUCUCUGGGCCGUCUACACCGUUCUUCAGGGUCUUUUCGGCACCGGUCUUUGGGUCAUCGCCCACGAGUGCGGUCACCAAGCCUUCUCGCCCUCUAAGACGCUGAACCACACCGUUGGUUGGGUCCUUCACUCGGCUCUCUUGGUCCCGUACUUCAGCUGGCAAAUCUCCCACAGCAAGCACCACAAGGCCACUGGUCACAUGGAGCGUGACAUGGUUUUCGUCCCCCGCACUCGCGAGCAGCACGCCACCCGCGCUGGCCGCUUGGCCCACGAGGUCGGCGAGCUGACCGAGGAGACGCCCAUCUACACCUUGUUGAUGCUCAUUGCCCAACAGCUGGUUGGCUGGCCCAACUACCUCAUGACCAACGUCACCGGUCACAACUUCCACGAGCGCCAACGCGAGGGCCGUGGCAAGGGCAAGCAAAACGGCUUUGGCGGCGGUGUCAACCACUUCGACCCCAGCAGCCCCAUCUUCGAGGCCAAGGACGCCAAGCUCAUUAUCAUGUCCGACAUUGGCGUUGGCAUCACCAUGAGCAUCCUGACCCUCCUCGGAAACAAGUUCGGCUGGUCCAACCUUUUGGUCUGGUACUUCAUCCCCUACCUCUGGGUUAACCACUGGCUCGUUGCCAUUACCUUCCUUCAGCACACCGACCCUACUCUGCCUCACUACACUGCCGACCAGUGGAACUUCGUUCGUGGAGCUGCCGCCACAAUCGACCGUGAAAUGGGCUUCAUUGGCCGUCACCUCUUGCACGGUAUCAUCGAGACUCACGUCCUCCACCACUACAUCAGCACCAUCCCCUUUUACAACGCCGACGAGGCUUCCGAGGCUAUCAAGCCUGUCAUGGGCAAGCACUACCGCGCCGACGUUCAGGAUGGCCCCGUUGGCUUCAUCAAGGCCCUGUACAAGUCUGCGCGUAUGUGCCAGUGGGUUGAGCCCAGCUCCGAGGCUCAGGGCGAGGGCAAGGGUGUUUUGUUCUUCCGCAACCACAACGGUCUCGGCACUCCUCCCAUCAAGGGCGAGGUGUCCUAG